UCAUUGUCACUUUGUCGUCCAUCAUUUUGCCUGCUGCUGAUCGUCGAAUCUCAAAAAUUUUAUAGCAGUAAUUUGAUUAUUUCAUAUAGUCAAUUUAAUAAUACAUAUAGAAUUAACAAGUGUAAGGACGAACCUACGUAAUAAAAAUGUCGUUGGAGACGGUGCCAAAAGAUCUCCGUGGAUUGAGAGCAUGUUUAGUAUGCUCAUUGAUCAAGACGUUUGAUCAGUUUGAAUAUGAUGGGUGUGACAACUGUGAUGAAUUUCUACGACUGAAGAACAAUAAGGACAAUGUCUAUGACUGCACUAGUAACAAUUUUGAUGGAAUGAUAGCUGUUAUGAGCCCGGAAGAUAGCUGGGUCUGCAAAUGGCAACGCAUAAAUCGAUUUUGUAAAGGAGUAUAUGCGAUAUCAGUAUCAGGAAGAUUGCCAGCUGGUGUCAUAAGGGAUAUGAAGAGUCGUGGCUACGUUUACAGACCAAGGGACACAAGCCAGAGAUAAACAUCAAUAAAUUUAGCAUAGUAUUUCAUUAAAAGUAAUUUAACAAUCACA